AUGCCGAUUUGUAUCGAGUGCCGCCAUCCGGUCAAGACACUAUGGACCAAAUAUUCCAACGCUGACGACAAGUCGAGUGGCCACAACAUUCGUCUGACCGUAUGCAGGAAUUGCGGUCACUUUUGCGACAAAUAUGUCGAGCACGAUUUCGUAGUGCUGUUCAUCGAUCUCGUCCUGAUCAAACCCCAGGUCUAUCGUCACCUGUUGCACAAUACCUUAAUGAAGGACGACGACCGUUUUGACUCAUCCAUUGUACGACUCGGCAUCCUAUUGUUGCUAUUCGACGUGUACUUGACAUGGGCGCGCAUUGAGAAGCAGACGGUGCCCAUCUCUGCCCGGGGCGAGGGUGCCAACCUGGGCAGCUUGGCACAGCAGUCUAUUGUGUCCCAAUAUUUCUUCUUCCUAAUCCUUUGCGCUUUGUCGACACUUGCCUUCCAUAUGAGCAUUCGCUUCAUGACCUCGUCCAAGUUGUCUCCGCUGAACUUUUUCAACAUUUUACCCCGAUACUCGCGUCCAAAUUCAGUCUCGACCGCACUCCUUGUCUCGUCUUCGACUAAGCUAUUCCCGAUCCUCAUGGUCAUAUGGCAGUACGAUGUCCCAGCUGCGGCUCGAUCGCUGGGGUGGGCUGUCGUAGCAAACAACGUCGAAGCCCUCCGUAUCCUGCUGGAUUGCGGCUACGGAGUUGCCACCUUCCUAGCUACGAUGGGAGCUCUGGCCCGGUGGACCGUAGGACGCAGCAUUCUCUGGGCUGCCGGGCUAGACGGCGUUGAUUCCAUUGGAGAAACCAGCAUUGCCGCAGAUGGCAAAGCCCUUUGGGCUCUGUUGAUGUACGUUAGGGAAUGGGCCAGUGAUCUAGCCGCAGGAUAA